AUGUCGUCGAUACCUCCUCCGCCUCCUCCAGGAUGGAGUUCCUCGGUCCCCCCCUCUCUGCCGUUGGGCGCGCCACCGGGUGCUCCUCCUCCACCAGGCUACCGGCCCCCCGCCGACACUCAAGUGGCCAAGUUUGCACAGAAGAAGAAAGAAUGGCUACGGUCGCAGCGCAAUCGAUUUGGCGAGAAGAGGAAAGGAGGCUUUGUUGAGACGCAGAAGGCGGAUAUGCCUCCUGAGCACUUGCGAAAGAUUGUCAAGGACAUUGGGGAUGUUUCGCAGAAGAAAUUCAGCACCGACAAGCGCAGUUAUCUUGGCGCACUGAAGUUCAUGCCCCAUGCGGUCAUGAAGUUGUUGGAGAAUAUGCCAAUGCCAUGGGAGUCGGCCAGGGAGGUCAAGGUCUUGUACCACGUCAAUGGAUGCUUGACGCUGGUUAACGAAACGCCGAGGGUUAUCGAGCCCGUCUUCCACGCGCAAUGGGCGACCAUGUGGGUUUGCAUGAGGAGGGAAAAGAGCGACAGGAGACAUUUCAAACGGAUGCGGUUUCCUCCUUUCGACGACGAAGAGCCACCGCUCUCAUGGUCCGAGAAUAUUGAAGAUGUGGAGCCGUUGGAACCAAUUCAGAUGGAACUGGAUGAGAGCGAGGAUAGUGCAGUCUUUGACUGGUUCUACGAAAACCGGCCACUUCUGGAUACGCCACAUGUGAAUGGACCGAGUUACAAGGAGUGGAACCUCACCCUACCGCAAAUGGCAGCAUUGUAUCGACUCAGUCAUCGACUCCUAAGCGACCUUGUUGACAAGAACUAUUUCUACAUGUUUGAUCUCAAUAGCUUUCUGACAGCAAAGGCACUCAACGUUGCCAUUCCCGGAGGACCGCGAUUUGAGCCACUGUACAAAGAUGUGGAUCCGAAUGAGGAGGAUUUCGGCGAAUUUAACGCCAUUGAUCGAAUCAUCUUCCGCGCACCUAUCAGAACCGAAUACCGAGUCGCUUUUCCGUUCUUAUACAAUUCACUUCCACGAAGCGUCAAGCUCUCAUGGUACUCCUACCCGCAGGUCGUGUAUGUACGUACCGAAGACCCCAGUUUACCGGCAUUUUAUUUCGACCCUGUAAUCAACCCCAUCUCUUCAAGAUCUGUUGCGCCGAAAAAUAUCACGAUUAGUCAUGAAGACGAAAUAUUUGGUCCGGGCAACAACGAAGAGCCUGAGGAAGAUGCAUUUGAGCUUCCUGCUGAAGUCGAGCCUUUCUUGGCAGAUGAAGAAUUGUACACAAGUGAAACUGCGUCAGCAAUCUCGCUCUGGUGGGCUCCAUACCCAUUCGACAGACGAUCAGGCCGGAUGGUUCGAGCUCAGGAUGUUCCAUUGGUCAAACAAUGGUACCUAGAGCACUGCCCGCAAGGCCAGCCUGUCAAGGUCAGGGUAUCAUAUCAGAAACUCCUGAAGACAUUUGUCUUAAAUGAGUUGCAUAAGAAAAAGCCAAAAGCACAGAAUAAACAAAGUCUAAUGAAGACGUUGAAGCAUACCAAAUUUUUCCAACAAACCACCAUCGAUUGGGUUGAAGCCGGUCUUCAAGUCUGCCGCCAAGGAUUUAACAUGCUCAAUCUUUUGAUCCAUCGGAAAAAUCUGACAUAUCUUCAUCUCGAUUAUAACUUCAACUUGAAGCCAGUCAAGACCCUGACAACUAAAGAGCGAAAGAAGUCGCGAUUUGGAAACGCUUUCCAUCUUAUGCGCGAAAUUUUGAAGCUCACUAAGUUAAUCGUCGAUGCGCAAGUUCAAUAUAGAUUGGGUAACAUUGAUGCGUUUCAACUUGCCGACGGUAUCUUGUAUGCCUUCAAUCAUGUGGGCCAGCUGACUGGGAUGUAUCGAUACAAGUACAAGCUUAUGCAUCAGAUUCGAUCAUGCAAAGAUUUGAAGCAUCUCAUUUAUUAUCGAUUCAAUUCUGGUCCUGUUGGCAAGGGUCCUGGUUGUGGAUUCUGGGCGCCAGCUUGGAGAGUUUGGCUCUUCUUUAUGCGAGGUAUUAUCCCGCUGCUUGAGCGAUGGCUUGGGAACCUGCUUUCUAGACAGUUUGAAGGUCGGCAUAGUAAGGGAGUAGCAAAAACCGUAACCAAACAGCGUGUUGAAUCUCAUUUCGAUCUUGAGCUUCGCGCAUCAGUCAUGGCUGAUCUUAUGGAUAUGAUGCCGGAAGGCAUCAAACAGAAUAAGGUCAACACAGUCCUACAACAUCUAUCUGAAGCAUGGAGGUGCUGGAAGAGUAACAUCCCUUGGAAAGUGCCGGGUCUACCAGCGCCUAUUGAGAACAUUAUCCUUCGUUACGUGAAGAGCAAGGCGGAUUGGUGGAUAUCGGUUGCCCAUUAUAAUAGAGAGCGCAUUCGCCGAGGUGCGACUGUUGACAAAACGGUCGCAAAGAAGAAUUUGGGCCGUCUUACUCGAUUAUGGCUCAAGGCUGAGCAAGAAAGACAACACAAUUACAUGAAGGACGGGCCAUAUGUCUCUUCUGAAGAAGCCGUGGCUAUUUAUACCACCACUGUCCACUGGCUCGAGUCUCGGAAAUUUUCGCCCAUCCCAUUCCCGAGCGUUUCCUACAAGCAUGAUACCAAAAUCCUUAUUCUUGCUUUGGAGCGACUACGAGAAGCAUAUUCCGUCAAAGGCAGACUCAACCAGAGCCAACGUGAGGAGUUGGCGCUGAUCGAGCAGGCUUAUGACAGCCCCGGAACCACGCUGGAGAGAAUCAAGAGAUUUUUGCUCACUCAAAGAGCCUUCAAGGAAGUUGGCAUAGAUAUGAACGACAACUACAGCACCAUAAAUCCUGUUUAUGAUAUUGAGCCGGUCGAAAAGAUCAGCGAUGCAUACCUUGACCAAUAUCUCUGGUAUCAGGCGGACCAACGUCAUUUGUUCCCGGCUUGGAUUAAACCAUCGGAUUCAGAAGUCCCUCCAUUGCUCACUUACAAGUGGGCUCAAGGCAUCAACAACCUCGACAAAGUAUGGGAAUCUGCUGAUGGAGAGUGCAACGUUAUGAUUGAAACGCAGCUAUCCAAGGUUUAUGAAAAGAUAGAUUUGACGCUUCUCAAUCGACUACUUAGACUUAUCAUGGAUCAUAACCUUGCGGAUUAUAUAUCGUCAAAGAACAAUGUUCAGCUGACAUACAAGGAUAUGAAUCACGUCAACAGCUAUGGAAUGAUCCGCGGUCUUCAAUUCUCGGCUUUCGUCUUCCAGUACUAUGGCCUUGUUCUUGACCUGCUUCUCCUUGGUCUUCAACGUGCGAGCGAGAUUGCUGGACCACCACAAAGCCCCAACGACUUCUUACAAUUCCGGGACCGUGAGACGGAGACAAGACACCCGAUUAGAUUAUAUACCAGAUAUAUUGACCGUAUUUGGGUGUUCUUCCGCUUUACUGCCGAUGAGUCUAGGGAUUUGAUUCAGCGAUUCUUGACCGAGCAGCCUGACCCUAAUUUCGAGAAUGUCAUUGGCUACAAGAACAAGAAAUGCUGGCCACGCGAUUCGCGUAUGCGGCUUAUGAGGCACGAUGUCAAUCUUGGCCGUGCAGUCUUCUGGGACUUGAAGAACCGUCUUCCGAGAUCCGUCACAACAAUCGAAUGGGAUGAUACAUUUUCGAGUGUUUAUAGUAGGGAUAACCCUAAUCUGCUGUUCUCGAUGUGCGGUUUUGAGGUUCGAAUUUUACCGAAGAUCCGCAACCAGAAUGAUGAGUUCCCUGUCAAAGACAGUGUGUGGUCUCUGGUUGAUAACACCACGAAAGAAAGAACAGCCCACGCUUUUCUUCAGGUGACCGAGGAGGACAUCGCCAAAUUUAACAACCGUAUCCGCCAAAUUCUCAUGUCUUCUGGAUCUACUACGUUCACCAAGAUUGCCAACAAGUGGAACACUAGUCUUAUUGCACUAUUCACAUACUAUCGUGAGGCCGCUGUUUCAACUGUCAAUCUCCUGGAUACAAUCGUCAAGUGCGAGACAAAGAUCCAAACCAGAGUUAAGAUAGGCCUAAACUCAAAGAUGCCCUCCAGGUUUCCGCCAGCUGUCUUUUAUACUCCAAAAGAACUUGGUGGUUUAGGUAUGAUCUCUGGUUCUCAUAUUCUCAUCCCGGCAAGCGACAAGCGUUGGUCGAAACAAACCGAUACUGGCGUCACGCAUUAUCGGGCUGGUAUGACCCAUGACGAGGAAACCUUGAUACCGAACAUUUUCAGAUACAUCAUCCCUUGGGAGGCCGAGUUCAUCGACUCCCAACGAGUGUGGACUGAGUAUUCCCAGAAACGGCAGGAGGCCAAUCAACAAAACCGCAGACUCACACUCGAGGAUCUUGAGGACAGCUGGGACCGUGGCUUGCCUCGUAUCAACACCCUUUUCCAGAAAGAUCGAAGUACCUUGAGUUUUGAUAAGGGCUUCCGAGCUCGUACCGAGUUCAAGACUUAUCAGCUAAUGAAAAGCAACCCCUUCUGGUGGACAAGUCAGCGGCAUGACGGAAAACUGUGGAAUCUGAAUGCUUAUCGAACCGAUGUAAUUCAAGCACUGGGUGGUGUUGAGACAAUUCUUGAGCAUACCUUGUUCAAGGCCACCGCUUUCCCAUCCUGGGAAGGACUCUUCUGGGAGAAGGCGUGUCUGGCCAAGGGAACACAGUUGUUGCGUCACGAUGGCACCAAGGUUGCAGUCGAAGACGUCAAGGAGGGAGAUCUUUUACUUGGGCCAGAUGGUGGACCUCGCCGAGCUUUCAACAUUGUCAGUGGAAAAGACCAGCUCUAUCGCAUUAAGAUCGACGCUUGCCAUGAGGAUCUCGUCGUCACUCCAAACCAUAUCUUGGUCCUUCACCGGGACGCACCCGGGCCAAGCUCCGAUCCAGCGGAGGCGCCAACAACUAAACUGUACGAAACUGUUGAGAUGACAGCCGCUCAAUUCGCAGCCCUUGACAAUAAGGAGAGAGACAAGUGCCAGCUCUUUAGCGCUCCCGGCUUUGAACUACCCCUGCAGCACAUGUCGGUUAAGCAAAUCACACUUGAAUCCAAGUCCACAGAAUGGGCUGGCUUCCGCGUCGACAAAGAUCAGCUCUACCUCCGUCAUGAUUACAUUGUUCUUCACAAUAGCGGUUUCGAGGAGAGCAUGAAGUUCAAAAAAUUGACAAACGCGCAACGAUCCGGCUUGAAUCAAAUUCCAAAUCGCAGAUUUACCCUCUGGUGGAGUCCCACCGUGAACAGAGCCAACGUGUACGUUGGUUUCCAGGUUCAAUUGGAUCUAACUGGCAUUUUCUUGCAUGGAAAAAUUCCAACUUUGAAGAUUUCGCUUAUCCAGAUUUUCCGAGCCCAUUUGUGGCAGAAGAUCCACGAAUCAGUGGUUAUGGAUCUGUGUCAAGUGUUCGAUCAAGAGCUAGAGCAGCUGGGUAUUGAAACCGUUCAAAAGGAGACUAUUCAUCCCAGAAAAUCAUAUAAGAUGAAUAGUUCUUGUGCCGACAUCCUCUUGUUCGCAAGCCAUAAGUGGAAUGUUACACGGCCGUCAAUACUAUUUGACACCAAAGACGUCAUUGAACCCACUACUACGAAUAAGUUCUGGGUAGACGUUCAACUCCGUUAUGGAGACUACGAUUCUCAUGACAUUGAACGUUACGUCCGCGCCAAAUAUCUUGACUAUACCACUGAUAGUAUGAGUAUCUACCCAUCUGCUACCGGUCUCAUGAUCGGUAUUGAUCUAGCGUACAAUCUAUAUUCAGCGUAUGGCCAAUACUUCCCUGGCCUGAAGGUCCUCAUCCAGCAGGCAAUGGCAAAGGUCAUGAAGGCCAACCCGGCAUUAUAUGUUUUACGAGAGCGAAUCCGCAAAGGUCUCCAGCUUUACGCCUCAGAAAGCAACCAAGAAUUUUUGAACUCGCAGAAUUAUUCGGAACUUUUCAGCAAUCAGAUCCAGUUGUUCAUUGACGAUACUAAUGUCUACCGUGUUACAAUCCACAAGACGUUCGAAGGAAAUCUAACAACCAAACCGAUCAACGGUGCCAUUUUCAUCUUCAACCCGCGAACUGGUCAGUUAUUCCUGAAAAUCAUCCAUACCAGCGUCUGGGCUGGUCAAAAACGUCUCGGACAGCUGGCCAAAUGGAAGACUGCCGAAGAAGUGGCCGCUCUCAUUCGUUCAUUGCCAAUUGAGGAACAACCCAAACAGCUGAUUGUCACCCGCAAAGGUCUUCUUGACCCGCUUGAAGUGCAUCUUCUCGACUUUCCGAAUAUUUCUAUUCGUGCGUCUGAGCUCCAGUUACCUUUCCAGGCUGCCAUGAAGGUUGAAAAGCUCGGCGAUAUGAUUCUACGGGCCACCGAGCCUCAGAUGGUACUGUUCAAUCUUUAUGAUGAGUGGUUGAAGACUAUCUCCUCAUAUACGGCUUUCUCCCGUCUGGUUCUUAUCCUUCGUGCACUUCAUGUGAACCAGGACAAGACUAAGUUGCUUCUCAGACCUGACAAGACUGUAAUUACUCAAGAGCAUCAUAUUUGGCCGACGCUAUCCGAAGAUGAUUGGAUCAAGGUCGAAACGCAACUUCGCGAUCUCAUCUUGAAUGAUUAUGGCAAGAAGAAUAACGUUAACACUUCAAGUUUAACGAUGAGCGAAGUGCGCGAUAUCAUCUUGGGCAUGGAGAUUAGUGCGCCGUCUAUGCAACGUCAACAGGCUGCCGAAAUCGAAAAGCAACAGCAAGAGCAGCAGCAACUGACGGCCGUAACUACCAAAACUCAAAAUGUGCAUGGCGAAGAUAUCAUUGUAACAACUACUUCGCAAUUUGAGCAGCAGACCUUUGCAUCUAAGACCGAGUGGAGAACAAGGGCCAUUGCAACCUCAAACCUUCGUACGAGGGCGAAUAAUAUCUACAUCUCGUCGGAUGAUAUCAAGGAAGACGAUCAUUACACUUAUAUCAUGCCAAAGAACAUCCUUAAGCGCUUCAUUACGAUCGCGGAUCUUCGGGUACAAGUUGCCGGCUACCUUUACGGAUCGUCGCCCCCUGACAACGAUCAGGUGAAGGAAAUCCGUUGCAUAGUUAUGGUGCCUCAAAUCGGAAGCACACGCGACAUUCAGCUACCACAACAACUACCACAACACGAAUAUCUUGAUCAGAUGGAGCCCCUGGGAAUCAUUCACACUGUCUCUGGGAACGAACCACCAUAUAUGAGUGCUAUGGAUGUCACGCAACAUGCACGCCUGAUGAAUGCGCACAAAUCAUGGGAUAAGAAGACUGUCAGUAUGACGGUUUCCUUCACGCCGGGAAGCGUAUCCCUUGCGUCAUGGGCGCUCACGCCUCAAGGAUACAAAUGGGGAGCCGAGAACAAGGACAUGAGCAGCGAUCAGCCCCAGGGAUUCAGCACCAACAUGGGGGAGAAAUGCCAGCUGCUACUCAGUGAUAAGAUACGGGGGUACUUCCUCGUGCCGGAGAAUAGCACGUGGAACUAUAGCUUCAUGGGCAGCGCUUUCGGGGGAAUCGAGAAGAAGCCAGUGCAUGUCAAGAUCGACACUCCACUGCCAUUCUAUAGCGACCAACACCGGCCCCUGCAUUUCCAAAAUUUCGCCGAGUUGGAGGACAUAUGGGUAGACCGGGAAGACACAUUUGCUUAG